UUUUCCUUUUCCUUUUCGUUUCAUUAAGCCCUCGGCCUCAUCUGUGCUCGAACUUGGAUAAUCAUCUCCUGCAGAUCGAAAUACGCUAAAAUAUACGCAUAGACUGAAAGCUAUACAUAUAGAGAAGAAAUAUGUACCAUCCGACCAGAGGUGGAGUUCGCGGUGGCCGUGAUCAAUUUAGCUGGGAUGAUGUGAAAGUUGAUAAACACCGAGAAAAUUAUCUUGGUCACAGUAUCAAGGCACCUGUUGGAAGAUGGCAGAAAGGGAAAGACCUCCACUGGUAUGCUCGUGAUAAAAAAUCUGAUCUGAAUUCGGAUGCUAUGAAAGAAGAGAUACGAAGAAUCAAGGAAGAAGAAGAGCAGGCCAUGAGGGAAGCUCUGGGCUUAGCUCCAAAGCGUGCAACAAAAUCUCAAGGCAAUCGCCUGGAUAAACAUGAAUUUGCUGAACUUGUGAAACGAGGUUCUACUGCGGAAGACUUGGGAGCUGGACAUGCUGAAGCAGCUCAGGUUCAUGGUCUCGGUUUCUCGAGGGGGCCUCGUCCGUCAGAAGAAUCAAGUGUACCUUCCAUUCUGAAGUCGGAACCAGUUGAGAAUAUGAACAUCUCUGUGCCAACCACAUCUGCUAGGAACGACAAAGAGGAGUCUGAAGAUGAACGUAGCCGAAAGAAAAGGAAGCACGAAGAGAAGCGACAUGACAAGCGUGAGAAGAGACAUUCUCGUGAUUCAGAGGAAAAGAGGAAGCACAAGAAACACAAGGAAAAGAGAAGACACGAUUCAGAUUGACAAAACAAGUAGGAUGAGCCAAAGGAUGCUGGGAAGGAACGAACAAAUUUGGCGUGAGAUUUCUUCCGUUAAUACUUUUGAUGGGUACAUUUUGGAGAAAGAAAUGGCAACUGGAGACAUUUUUCUCUUGAAUCCCUUGACGGCAUCUUUCUGCAUAUUUGGCUAGAAUUUAUGUUCUUAAUGCUCGUGUAAAGUGCAAAUGCAGCAGUGUAAUUUUAUGCCACCAUGAUUUAAGUAUUUAUGCAAGUAAUAAAUGAAUAAAACUUAUGUUUUAUCAUUGAAUUUCUUGAAGAGCUUGAAACCUGUUUGGAGCUUGGUAGAAUUUGUUAGAAAAAGUUGAGGUGAAACGAGUUUUAAUUUGGUUAAUUUAUUUUAUCACUAUAUUCCCCCUUGUAUUCCUA